AAAAAUAAAUGUGUCCCAUAAGUUAGAAGAGUAGUGUUUGAUCAUUGUUGAAGCCUUAUAGAAUUCUCUUUGAAGAUUUCAGCGGAGUGAAUAUGAAGCUCAAAGUGUAUGCCAAUCGACUAUCGCAGCCGUCACGAGCAGUCAUAAUCUUGUGCAAGGUAAAUGGAAUUGAUUUUGAGGAGGUGCGGAUAGAUCUCAUUAAGGGCGAGCAUCAGUCACAGAAAUACAGAGGUUCCUCUUCAGAAACUAAAUUUGCGCACAACUGUAUAGGUAUAUUUGCUGUAAACGACGUUUAUGAAGUAUAUGUUGCUGUGAGUAUUCACGGAGUAGCCGGUGGCCCUUUGACUCCAAGAAGUUCUUCUCAGAGUUUGCCUCAAGUAAAACCUUUACUCAUGGAGGAAGAAGAUGGAUGUUGGCCUAAGCAACCUCAUGCAAUCUUGAGCUACAUUGCUUGCUCAUUCCCCGGAGUUCCAGACCACUGGUAUCCAGCUGAUCUUUCGUCUAGGGCCAAAAUCAACUCUAUUUUGGACUGGCAUCAUUCAAACCUACGUCUUGGUUCAAAUACCUUUGCUAUGAACACUGUCCUAGCACCAGUAUUUGGACGAACGUUGAAUCCUCAAUCUGCAAUGGAAGCUGAGAAACUUUUAACAUCUUCACUCUCAAAUAUUGAAUCCAUUUGGCUUAAAGGAGAUGCGAAAUUCUUAUUGGGAAAUCUUGGUCCAUCUAUUGCAGAUCUUAGCCUCGCCUGUGAAAUUAUGCAAUCUGAGCUUUGGUACGACAAAGAUCGUGAGAGAAUACUUGGACCUCAUCCGAAGAUAUUGCGAUGGGUUGAGAAUGUGAAGAAUGCAACUGAUCCUUAUUUUGAGGAAGUUCACGGUGUGCUUUACAGAACGAAGGCAAUGUUACACAGCCCGCAAAGCCCAGCUAGUAAAAAUUUUUCAAAACUUUGAUGAACUUGGUUGAUAUGUUGUUUCCAUGGACCAUUGGUGCUACAGUCAUCUGUCAGUCGUGUAUUGUAGGAGGUAAGAUCAUUUAUUUCCCUGUUUGAAAUUACUAAGGUAAUUCUGUUCUAAUUGUUAUACUGCUAGCAUGCGACUUGUCACACCUAAAUAAUUUUUAUUUUAUGACAUUGCAAGAUUUUUACACGAAA